AUGGACAUCGAAGAGAUGUCAGCUGUUGUCUUGUCACAGGCACAACAGAAAGGGUUGCAGAAGCUGCUCCCUAUCCUUGGCCCUAAGGGCGUGGAGUAUCUCAUCGCCCAGGGCGAAGAAGAGGUUAACAAGCGUAUUCAUAUGCUUGAUGAAUAUAAUAAAGCUCUAGUCGAGCAUGUAAAGGCACAGAUGCCUUCUUCUGCGCCUUCGCCCAUGGCGACUAUGGCGCAAGAAGUGGUCGAUUCGGCUAUGUUUAUAGCCGAUAUCACCUAUAAACCGUACCGUGUGGGCUUUGCCACAGGCAAGCUGGGUGGAUUAGCCAAACAGUGGGCAUUCACAUGCACCGCAUCACUGCCAGAUGCAUUUCCAACAUGGGCCAAUAUGAAAGAUCAGCUGACCCGGCAGGCCGACGCCACAUGGGUAAACUCUCUGGUUUGCCGCGAGGAAACGGCGGGACCCAGCGAUUAUGUGCGCCGUGCCACCGUGGAAGGUAGUCAGCAGUAUGCUGAAGCGCUUGUAGCGCGCGAUAGGGACACAUUCACAGUUCGCUUAGCGAAGGGUACGCGUGUUACGGCAUGGCUAGAACGUCAUGAUCCAUGGAUUGAUUGGAGAUCGAAGACCUUAGGAGCAACGCGCAAUGCUCCUGGUGGGGCUCCGGAGAGUCGUGAACCCACCUCUGAUAGGAAGCAAAAGCGCUUUUGGCGUGGAUAUUGGACCGAGUCGGUCAAUAUGUUGGACGUCGGAAUAUCCGACUUUUUAGACACUGUAAGUGUCGAGGACAAUAGUCCUGGGCGAGGCCCAAUGACUGUCAAUAGUGUGGUUGAGAACCCAUUAGAUGGCACAUAUGACAUGUGUCAUGAGAAUGAUGUUACAUCAUUAAACACCGUGAGUGGUGUUGGUGGUUGCAAGCCAAGAAGUCAGGACAUGAGUCCAAGUGACAUGAGUGACGAGGAAAUGACCCUGGAGGGUCGGGUGAAGUCACAAAUGGAUGUUGUCUUUGAGGAUAACGUGGUGCAAGCAACUAGUGACGAGGUACUGGAUCAAGAGGGUCGGGUGAAGUCAAAAAGUAUGGUUGUCUUUGAAGAAAACGAGGUGCGAACACCUCAUGACGAGGUAUUGACCCAAGAGGGUGGGGUGCAGUCAGUAAAUGAAGUGGUCUAUGACCUUGAGGUGUGUACAUCUGUGAAUGCUAAUGCGUCGGAUGCUGAGAGCAUCAUGAGUAGCGAUGAUGAUAUCGUGAGUGACGCUAUUCUCGCAGUAAGUGCUCUGUUAGAGCUGGAGGAGUUGUCCUUUGCCGAGUUUGGCAUUGCCUUACAGUCAGACGACGUCGCCGAAGUGGUCGUUAUCGACGUGACGAGGAAUUGA